GCCGGCGCAGAUCCGCAGUGCAGAGGUCCAGAGUGGCUGCGGGGGCGGGCCUCCCCUUCCCGCACUUGGUACGCGCCAGCGGCGAGGCCAUGCCCAGCCCCGACUGUACAAUAGGGUUGGGCCGCGGCUGGGACUGGGCCGGCGCCGGACACAGCGCAGGAUCGCGGCCGGAGAGGACAGGCGUUGAGCGACUCGCGACUCCGAGCCUCACAGGCCCUCAGCCGUGACAGACUCGACGUUCCCCAAGCGCUUGUCUCCGAGCCGUUACCCGCCGGGCUGGGCCGAGCGUGAUGCGCCGUGGGACCCCAGUCCUGGCCGCCGGCCGCCGCCGCCGAUGCCGCUGAGACCCGGGACCCCUUAGUGACGCUGCAGCCAUGGAGAGUGGUCCGCGUGCGGAGCCGGGCCCCGGCGCACCCCCAGGUGUGGCAGCCAGGAUCCCACAAGAGCCAAGACCUUCUCCAGAAGGUGACCCCUUCCCGCCACCGCCACCACCACCGAUGUCAUCCCUCAUCCCAGAUACUCCCCCAGACACCCCUCCUGCCAUGAAGAAUCCUGCUAGCCCUAAGCAGCUCCCUUUGGAUCCAGAGAGUCCCCCGGGGCAGGUUGGACAUGGGCCAGUCCCCCUGCAAGAGGAGUCUCUUGCCUCUGAAGUGAAGAGCAGGGCACCCACUCCACCAGCUGCAGGCCCACGGGACACCAGGCCUCCACGAAGGAGCAGCCAACCAUCUCCGACAGCAGUGCCAACCUCUGACAGUACCCCCACCAAGCAAGAUGCUAAGAAGACGGGAGAGAGACACAAACUGGCAAAGGAGCGGCGGGAAGAGAGGGCCAAGUACCUGGCGGCCAAGAAGGCAGUAUGGCUGGAAAAGGAAGAGAAGGCGAAGGCACUGCGCGAGAAGCAGCUUCAGGAGCGCAGGAGGCGGCUGGAGGAGCAGCGGCUUAAAGCCGAGCAGCGCCGAGCCGCCCUGGAGGAGCGGCAGCGGCAGAAGCUGGAGAAGAACAAGGAGCGCUAUGAAGCAGCCAUCCAGCGGUCUGUGAAGAAGACGUGGGCUGAAAUCCGGCAGCAGCGCUGGUCCUGGGCGGGGGCUCUGCACCAUAGCUCACCAGGACAUAAAACCAGUGGGAGCAGGUGCUCCGUGUCGGCAGUAAACCUGCCCAAACACGUGGACUCUAUAAUCAACAAGCGGCUCUCAAAGUCCUCUGCCACGCUCUGGAACUCCCCCAGUAGAAAUCGGAGCCUGCAGCUGAGCGCAUGGGAGAGCAGCAUUGUGGACCGUCUAAUGACGCCCACCCUCUCCUUCUUGGCACGGAGUCGCAGCGCGGUUACACUGCCCCGCAAUGGCCGCGACCAGGGUAGGGGCAGCGGCCCUGGGAGACCCCCCGCAAGGGGCGGGGCAAGGGCCGGCCUUGCACCGGGGCCGCACCCCGACCGCACUCAUCCCUCCGCAGCCGUGCCUGUGUGCCCGCGCUCGGCCUCCGCCAGCCCCUUGACUCCGUGCAGCGUCCCCCGGAGCGGGCACCGCUGCGCCCCCGCAGGGGAGCGCGGGGAGCGCCGCAAGCCCAGCGCUGUGGGCAGUCCUGCCCCGGCGCGCCGGCGGUCCGAGGCCUCGCCGAUGCAGAAAAAGGAGAAGAAGGACAAGGAGCGAGAAAACGAGAAGGAGAAGAGCGCCCUGGCCCGGGAGCGCAGCCUCAAGAAGCGCCAAUCACUGCCGGCCUCGCCUCGCUCACGCCUUUCGGGCACCGCCUCCGAACUCAGUCCCAAAUCCAAGGCCCGGCCAUCCUCUCCCUCCACCACCUGGCACAGGCCUGCCUCUCCCUGUCCCAGCUCCAGCCCAGGUCCAGGACAUGCUCUGCCCCCAAAGCCCCCAUCCCCACGAGGCACCACAGCAUCCCCCAAGGGGCGUAUUAGGAGGAAGGACGAGUCAAAGGAGAGCCCCAGUGCAACUGGGCCUGAGGACAAGAACAAGGGCAAGGGAGGUGACGAGAAGGAGCCAGUAGCCCCAGCUUCACCAGCACCAUCACCUGUGCCCUCACCAGUCCCAGCUCCAGUCCAGAAGGAGCAGACUACAGCAGAGACCCCUGCAGGUACUGCUGUCCUGAUCUCACCCCCAGCCCCUGCUCCCCCGGUGACCCCUAGCAAACCCAUGGCUGGAACCACAGACCGAGAAGAGGCCACUCGGCUCCUGGCUGAGAAGCGGCGCCAGGCCCGGGAGCAGCGGGAACGAGAGGAGCAGGAGCGGAGGCUGCAGGCAGAACGGGACAAGCGAAUGAGAGAGGAGCAGCUGGCGCGGGAGGCUGAGGCCCGCGCUGAGCGGGAGGCGGAGGCCAGGCGGCGGGAGGAGCAGGAGGCCCGCGAGAAGGCUCAAGCCGAGCAAGAGGAGCAGGAACGGCUGCAGAAGCAGAAAGAGGAGGCUGAAGCUCGGUCCCGGGAAGAAGCGGAGCGGCAGCGACUGGAACGGGAAAAGCACUUCCAGCGGGAGGAGCAGGAGCGGCAAGAACGCAGAAAGCGCCUGGAAGAGAUCAUGAAGAGGACCCGGAAGUCUGAAGCUGCAGAAACCAAGCAGAAGCAGGAGGAAAAGGAGACAAAUGCCAACAAUUCCAGCCCAGAGCCUAUGAAAGCUGUGGAGGCUCGACCCUCGGUGCUGCAGAAGGAGGCUGUGCAGAAAGAGGAGCUGGGGCCCCCGGAGAUGCAAUGGAGCUUGCCAAACAAGGAGUCAUCAGGGUCCCUGGUGAAUGGCCUUCAGCCUCUCCCAUCACACCAGGAGAAUGGCUUCUCCCCCAAAGGGCCCUCAGGGGACAAGAGUCUGGGCCGAACACCAGAGGCACUGCUGCCCUUUGCAGAGGCAGAAGCUUUCCUCAAGAAAGCCGUGGUUCAGCCCCCACAGAUCACAGAAGUCCUUUAGGGGUCGCACUGGACCUGGAGCAGCUCUGAGGGCUCCUCUUCGUCAUCCCCCAGGAUGUUCAGAGGAGAAGGAAGCGGAACAAAGCCGGAAAUGGCCUGGACCCCUGGGGGUGGGUCCUCUAUUUUUAAUCUGCACCUUAUAGACUGAAGUCUCUUUGGCCAGAGCCUGACCCCGCCCCCCAGUGCACAUGUGUGCUCACACGCACGGACACCCCCUCCCCCCAUAAACACACAUACACUCACAGCCUCUCUGGUCUCCUCCCUUGGGGAAGGCCUCUUGUAGUAUUUUGCCUUGGUUUGGUGGGGUACAGUGGAUGUGAAUACUGUAAAUAGCUUGUGCUCAGACUCCUCUGCAUUGAGGGGCAGUGCAGGAGGCAGACCCUCCCUAUGGCUCCCUGGGGAGAUCUUCCUAUUUAUCUGUAACCAAGAAGGAACCCAGGUCUGGAGAUGGGGGAUACCUUGGGCUACAGGAUACUGGUUGCUUUAGGGGUACCCAUGCCUCCUGCUCUCGCCUGGAAUCAGUGUUAUUGCAUCUGAUCAAACUUCUCCAGAAAUAAAGUGAGAGUAAUUCUGCCA